GAAACUAAGUGAGAGCGAGGCCCAGAAAGAUAUUAAUGCAAAGUCGAAACAAAUCAAAUGAUGGCAAGGGCAAGGGCAAGGGUAAAAAUAUACAGCCGGGUUGGUGGAAAUGAAUGAAGAAAAUUUAACAAGGGUUUUUUUACUUUUCUUUUGCUAAUUUUUUUUAAAAAAAAUUCGCGUUAUAUCUGAUAUUCUUAAAUAAACUUAUUACCAAUAUGAUGGACUUAAAGGGCUCUUGCCACUGCGGCGACAUUUCCUUCGAGUUCUCAAGCCAAGCGCCCGUCCCCUUUAUGCGCUGCUACUGCUCGAUCUGCCGCAAGACGUCCGGCGGCGGCGGCUACACGAUCAACAUCAUCGGCCUCACCUCCACGCUAACCGUGACCCAGGGGGCCGACAAGCUGAAAUCCUACCGCGCAAUUAAGGACAAAUCACAACCCGUCGACAAACAAGUUCUGUGCCAGAAGAGAUUCUUUUGUCCCAAUUGUGCAUCGUAUCUGUGGGCACAUUCGGAGGAGUGGGAGCAGUGGAUUUACCCUUAUGCCUCAGCCAUUGAUACACCGUUGAAGGUUCCGCCGGCGACAACAAGUAUUAUGCUGGGGAGUGCCCCUGAGUGGACAGAUCCUAGGAAGUUGCCGAGAAAAGUUGUGGAUAAUGAGAUGUUUGAAGAGUACCCUGAGUACUCGUUGGAGAUGUGGCACAAGGACCAUGGCGAGCUAUUGUGAAUAAAAAAUAUUGAACCAU